UUAAAACAUUUUAUUUAAUAUUAUAUAUUUUAUCACAAAAGGUCUUUAACUAAUAAUGGCAACGAGUUGUACGCAAAGACCUGCUCUUCAGAGCGAUUCCAGUGGGCAAAACCGCUUUAUGGAGAAAUUAAUGGCGAAAAUAUUUAGCUUCUACGACGAACAGUCUCUAAUCGAUGUGACAUUUCGAGUUUCAAACCCAACGGCUCUUGUACCCGCGCAUCGUUUGAUACUCGCAGCAGCGAGUCCUUACUUCGAGAACCUUUUCAGUGGCGAUCAAGGCAAUAAUCCUAUCAUCGAAAUAAAUGAUAUAGAUAGCGAUAUUUUUGAGCGUCUAAUAACCUUUUGCUACACCGGACAGAUGCUCAUUACCGUUAACAAUGUCGGUGCCAUGCUGAAGGCAGCAAUAAUUUUGAAAUUAGACGACGCCAUAACUUCUUGCGUGGACUACCUCAUGUCACACAUUAAUGAAUAUACUAUACAGGCUGUUUAUACUCUGGAGCGUGAAACGCACUGUAAACUCCUUAUACAGAAAAUCAUCGAAUACGAAACACAGAAUUUCGUGGAGAUCAAUCAACGCAGAGAGUUUCUGAAUUUUAAUGUUGAAAAAAUGCAACGUAUUCUGGAAUCUGACAAUUUGAAUAUAACUCGUGAGGAAGAUGCCUUCGAUGCCAUAAAACGCUGGUUCAAUCACGACGUUCCUGCGCGUCAAGAGCAACUGCCACUUUUAAUAGCUUGUCUCCGGCUUACCGAAUUCGAUGCGAACUUUCUGCUGACUCACAUACAACCAUUAUCUGGAUGUGAAAUGCUGGCAUUUAAGGCGAUGUUGUGGAUCAGAGAUCCUGCAGCACGGGCAAAGAUAAAUAUGCGAUUUACAGGACCACGAAAUUUUAGUAAGAAAACAUUGCUGGCGGUUUGCUCAAAGGAAUUUGGGAUGAAUCCCAAGCUGCUGCAAUAUAACAAAGUUGAGGAUAAGUGGCAGGAAUAUGCGAGCAUAAUAUUUGAUUACCAACUUUGUAGGACGAUUUUAAAGGAGGGUAAUUUAUUAUUUCUUGGCGGUUAUAAAUCUGGUGCCACAUCCAACAUCGUGCGCAGCUGGAACAUAAGGAAUAAGGCAUGGCAAAGUUUGCCCGCUUUGGACACAGCAAGAUGGGAACACUGCGUUGUCGAAUUAGAUGGUAAAAUCUACGCGAUUGGUGGUUCUGCCGAUACCCGUAAAAGAGUUCUGGCGUCAGUGGAAAGAUAUACGACUUCCAAUGGUUGGCAGUUCGUGAACAAAUUGAUUGUUGGACGAUAUGCCGCAGCUGAAGUGACUUUGAAUGGAAAAAUAUAUAUAAUUGGUGGUAAAAGUGGCCGUAACGACUUAAAAUCCGUCGAAUGCUACAACCCGAAUUCGAAUACUUGGACUUCUUGCGCGGAUAUGACAGAAUGUCACUACUAUCCAGGUGUAGCUGCACACAAUGGUCACAUUUAUCUUUUAGGCUAUUUUAGUGGUAACAGAAAUGUUGAACGUUACGAUCCUCAGCAAGACACAUGGUCUAAGAUUUGCUCUUUGAAAGUUGGCGAUGGUUUUAAAGCUUGCGUAUCACUAGACAAUAAACUAUGGGCUAUUGGUGGCAACUCUGGUAGCAUCUUUUCUGGCAAGAACUGUGUAUCAGUCUAUGAUGAGGAAAAUGACCGUUGGGGACAAAAGUGCUCACUACCCGAAACAAGUAUUCAUUCCUGUUUUGUUGUGCCUGAAGCCUUACUUACGUCGAAAUAAAUGAACGAUAUUAAUAAAUAUAUUUUUUGUAAUAAAUUCUCUUAUAAUAAAUACCAAAAUAUCUGAUUUUCUCGCUUUGGAAAAUUCGUCAUAUAUUGUGUAUGCUACACAGGUUUUAGUUAAUAUUCUCUUACAUCCGAUGUCUACAGAAUUAGAACAAAACAUACACUUACGAAUACAGUGCUUUGUAAUUGAUCGACGAGGAAAUGCGAAACGCUGUCCUUUUCGUUUUGUAAUUCUUUCCGGUGUCAAACGAGUAUUUACAACAUGUUUUUUGAUAAUUGAAUUUUUUAUAAUAUAAUUUAUGUACGUAUUUCAAUAUGCAAACAAAUAUCAAUAAUAACGGGUGAUUUUUUUGAGGUUAGGAUUUUCAUGCAUUAGUAUUUGACAGAUCACGUGGGAUUUCAGACAUGGUGUCAAAGAGAAAGAUGCUCAGUAUGCUUUGACAUUUCAUCAUGAAUAGACUUACUAACGAGCAACGCUUGCAAAUCAUUGAAUUUUAUUACCAAAAUCAGUGUUCGGUUCGAAAUGUGUUUCGCGCUUUUUAUCGACUAAUUUUGUUCAGCGAUGAGGCUCAUUUCUGGUUGAAUGGCUACGUAAAUAAGCAAAAUUGCCGCAUUUGGGGUGAAGAGCAACCAGAAGCCGUUCAAGAACUGCCCAUGCAUCCCGAAAAAUGCACUGUUUGGUGUGGUUUGUACGCUGGUGGAAUCAUUGGACCGUAUUUUUUCAAAGAUGCUGUUGGACGCAACGUUACGGUGAAUGGCGAUCGCUAUCGUUCGAUGCUAACAAACUUUUUGUUGCCAAAAAUGGAAGAACUGAACUUGGUUGACAUGUGGUUUCAACAAGAUGGCGCUACAUGCCACACAGCUCGCGAUUCUAUGGCCAUUUUGAGGGAAAACUUCGGACAACAAUUCAUCUCAAGAAAUGGACCCGUAAGUUGGCCACCAAGAUCAUGCGAUUUAACGCCUUUAGACUAUUUUUUGUGGGGCUACGUCAAGUCUAAAGUCUACAGAAAUAAGCCAGCAACUAUUCCAGCUUUGGAAGACAACAUUUCCGAAGAAAUUCGGGCUAUUCCGGCCGAAAUGCUCGAAAAAGUUACCCAAAAUUGGACUUUCCGAAUGGACCACCUAAGACGCAGCCGCGGUCAACAUUUAAAUGAAAUUAUCUUCAAAAAGUAAAUGUCAUGAACCAAUCUAACGUUUCAAAUAAAGAACCGAUGAGAUUUUGCAAA